UUCGAUUAACUUGUUGUGGCUUGUGAUGGGUCCUGUGAGAGGAUUGAAAAAGAGAAGAAAGCCAGAGAAGAAGCAUGACAAAAAUGGUUCUUCUGCUUCUGGGUCACCCGACAAAGAAGGGUCUGAAGAUUGGUGGGAUGAGUUGUCAAAUAGGAUGAAUGGUCUUCAGCAGUCUGCAUCGAAGUGUUUGGGUAGCUUCGAAUCAUUUUUCAAGAUCUCCAGAAGGACGUUUGAGUACAUAUGUUCACUUGUCAAGGAUGAUAUGAUGACAAAAUCUGCACAUUUCGUGUUCACUAGUGGCAAGCCAAUGUCUUUAUUUGAUCAAGUAGCUGUGGCACUGAGAAGACUGGGAUCUGGUGACUCACUAGUCGCAAUUGGUGAUUCAUUUGGGCUAAACCACUCAACUGUUUCACAAGUCACUUGGAGAUUUGUGGAAUCCAUGGAAGAAAGGGGGCUUCAUCACCUUCAAUGGCCUUCAACAGAAGUGGAAAUGAAUGCAAUCAAAACCAAAUUUGAGAAAAUACGAGGCCUCCCCAAUUGCUGUGGUGUAAUUGAUGCUACUCACAUCACAAUGUGUUUACCUGCAUCAGAACCUUCAUGUAAUGUGUGGCUUGAUCAUAAGAAAAAUCAUAGCAUGGUCUUGCAAGCAAUAGUGGAUCCUAACAUGAGGUUCAGGGACAUAGUCACUGGCUGGCCAGGUAAAAUGGAGGACUGGUUGAUAUUCGAGAGUUCAAACUUCAAAAAACUUUGUGACAAAGGGGAGAGAUUGAAUGGAAAGAGAUUAGAGCUCUCUGAAGGAUCAGAAAUAAGGGAAUAUAUAAUUGGUGAUUCAGGCUAUCCUUUUCUACCUUACCUUGUUGUUCCUUUUGAAGGGAAAGCUCUCCCAGAAUCAAAAGCACAGUUUAACAGGCUGCAUUUGGCAACAAGGAUGGUGGCACAAAGAGCACUGGCAAGGUUAAAGGAGAUGUGGAAAAUCAUUCAAGGAAUGAUGUGGAGGCCUGACAAACACCGUCUUCCAAGGAUUAUUCUUGUUUGCUGCAUACUUCACAACAUUGUUAUUGACAUGCAAGAUGAAAUGCAGGAUGAACUUUCUUUGUCUCAUGAUCAUGACUCAGGUUACCAACAACUGAUUUGUGGAGCUGUAGACGACAAGGGAGUGGCACUAAGAGAAAGUUUGUCUCUCUACUUGACUCGAAGGUUGCCUCCAUGAUUUUGUUUGUCCAUUACUAGCUUUUGGUUGCUCAGUAUAUUAUCUGGAAUCAUGAAAGUUUCUGGGAAAACAUCUCGUAUGAUAUAGUUGUCCCUCUCUUUGAUUUCUAGACUGUAAAUAAUUUGGAUGGUGCAUGGCAGGGUGAACAUUGCAGGUUUACCAAAUUAUGGUUGAAGAUAAGGUUAUUGGUAAACUCACAUCAGCAUUGAGCAUAAAUUUAUC